UCCUUCUGCACUUCAGGCUUUUGACUUUUUACAUUUGUUUUGGCGGUUUUCGCCACUUUCGGUGAUGUUUUCCGGACUGCCACGUCGCUCUUACGCUUCCUAUCGUCCUUCUUCUCUUUCUUCUCCUUCUCCUUUUUCUUCUUUUCUUUCUUCUUCUCUUUCUUUUUCUUCUUGACUUUUUCUUCUUCUUCCAAUACAUCUUCCAUCUCUUCAUUCUCCUCGUCCAUUCUUUCAUCAUCCUCAUCCACAUCGAUUUCUUGUGGCACAAGUUCUGGUGGCGGUGGUUCCAACGUUGGGUCAAGAUCAGAUGGUACCAUAUGAGGUGGUAUACGUAUGUCUUCAGGCUGAGAAAGAUACUCUUCAACUUCAUGUAGAGCAAAUUCCAGUUCGUCCAUCGUUCCCUUCUUUUUCAUCAAAUGCUGUGGAUGGCCCUUAAGAAACUGAUCUUUUUGAGAACAAUUCCAUGGCCGCAAAAUGCCUUUUUUGAGCACCACAAGUGAACUAGAUACAGUACCAGUUAGUUGUUAUUGGUAUCAUGCCCUUUCACACUGGAGUGUAUACAUACAAAUUAUGCGAGCCAAAGUAAUAGACAACAACAAAGUCGCUGGGAAAGUCUCGUGCUUUCUUGAGAAUGCUCCGGUGGCCACUUCCUAGGAUAUGUAAGUUUGGACGGAGCUUAAACACGUCACAGAUGUAGACAGGCCACCAAGGGUACCCCUCUAAGAUGUACCAACCCAAUGAGUUGGGCAUCACUUUCUCCAUCUUUUCGCUCUAGGUGUGAAUCAAACGAAAUUGCUCGUUCAGGGGACUUGGUGAGCAUGCUAUUUCACCGGUUGAUGUUGUAUAUAAGGAAUGUGAUGUUGACCACAAUGGUCAAUACCAUCAAAUUAGUGGCUGCAAUCCUCCCCCUCCCUCACUCAUCGGCUCGUGAUCCUAAAAAAGCAAUA